AUGUUGUGUUUAGUGCUGGUUUUGUUCUUGUGCAGUCCUUCUUUACAGCAGGAGAGCGAAGACGAGAUACCUCACCACGGAAGAUGCCAAAGGCUAAACAUACCCUUUUGCACGGGGAUGCCCUACAAUGAAACCAUCCUGCCCAAUUUACUGGGUCACCAGACCAUGGAAGACGCCGGCAUGGAGAUCCAUCAGUACUUCCCGUUGGUGAAGAUCAACUGCAGCAAGGACUUGGAAUUUUUCUUGUGCCAAGUGUUCAUGCCGGUCUGUACUAUCCUGGACUACCCUUUACCACCUUGCAAGUCCCUAUGCCUUUCAGCGAAACACGGGUGCGAGGAUAUAAUGAUGAAGUUCGGGUUCCCCUGGCCAGAGAACCUCAACUGCGAUAACUGGCCCGACCAGGAAGACAAGCCUGCAGUACUGUGCGUAGGAAACAACACAGGCUCGCCUACACCUACCACAGAGCUAGUUUCCCAUACCGCUGCGCCAAGAUACAAGUCCCCGUACCACGGCAAAGACUUUGGGUUCGUGUGCCCGGAACAGUUCAAGGUGCCAGAGAUCCUGGAGUACGCCUUCAAAGUUGGGGACAAAGUGGAGAAAAAUUGCGGGGCGCCCUGUCACCUCAUGUUCUUCGAGAACAGCAGGCAGUUCUCCAGAGUGUGGAUUGGCACCUGGGCUAUUCUCUGUGCGGCUAGCUGCCUCUUCACCGUUUGCACCUUCCUGAUAGACACUGACAGGUUCCGGUAUCCCGAAAGACCGAUAAUCUUCCUCUCCGUGUGUUACAUGAUGGUGGCCGUAGCCUACGUGAUUGGUUUUGUCGCGGGUGACGUUAUUUCUUGCAGGCAACCGUAUCCUAGCAAGCACGGCAUCAUGACCGAGAGUACCAUAACGCAGGGUACCAAAUACGAGUUGUGCACGAUUAUUUUCAUGGUGUUGUACUUUUUCAGUAUGGCCUCGAGUAUUUGGUGGGUGGUGUUGACUUUGACUUGGUUUUUGGCGGCUGGUUUGAAGUGGGGCCAUGAGGCUAUCGAGGCUAACUCGCAGUAUUUUCAUCUGGCGGCUUGGGCCAUACCGGCAAUCAAGACGAUAAGCAUUUUGGCAAUGGGAAAAGUUGAUGAUGCCCAAGGCAGAAACAAGAAAAACACCUUGCAUACUGAAGCAUCCAGGGCAAACGAAAGGACGAAGGUGAAAGUUGAUGGUUGCAAACCCGGUGGAGAUUGUGGAUAG